ACCACGCGCGCGGCCCUCGCGCGUACCGGCAUCAUCACGCACGGAGCGCUAGUGUACGGCGGGGUCGGAGGCCCGGGACUCUGCCCCCGGGGCCCCGACCUGCCGCCUCUGGAGUUGGGCUUCAGGAACAGCUGGAGGGAAGACGAACUGCUGCCCGCGACGCCCGCCAGCCAGGCCGCCUCCACGCAGAGCGGCUCCUCCGCCAACGACAAGGGACAGAACGUGGAGUGCGUGGUCUGCGGAGACAAGUCCUCGGGGAAACACUACGGCCAGUUCACGUGCGAGGGAUGCAAGUCGUUCUUCAAACGUUCCGUGAGACGGAACUUGACCUACUCCUGCCGCGGUAACAGGAACUGCCCUAUCGACCAGCACCACAGAAACCAGUGCCAGUACUGCCGGCUAAGGAAAUGUCUCAAGAUGGGGAUGAGGAGAGAAGCUGUUCAGAGAGGUCGAGUGCCUCCGUCUCAGUCCGCCGGCCUGGCGCUGCCGGGGCAAUUCGCCUUGACCAACGGUGAUCCCGCCGCGGGCUUGAACAGUCACCCUUACCUCUCCUCGUACAUCUCCCUGCUCCUUCGAGCGGAGCCCUACCCCACGCAGCCGGCCUCGAGGUACGGCCAAUGCGUGCAGCCCACCAACGUCAUGGGUAUAGACAAUAUAUGCGAACUAGCCGCCAGGUUGCUCUUCUCCGCCGUCGAGUGGGCGAGGAACAUCCCCUUCUUCCCCGAACUGCAGGUCACGGACCAGGUCGCGCUCCUGCGACUGGUUUGGUCCGAGCUGUUCGUCCUCAACGCCUCCCAAUGCUCGAUGCCCCUCCAUGUGGCGCCGCUGUUGGCCGCCGCGGGUCUACACGCGUCACCCAUGGCCGCCGACCGCGUGGUGGCCUUCAUGGACCACAUACGGAUCUUCCAGGAGCAGGUGGAGAAGCUGAAAGCGCUCCACGUGGACUCCGCGGAGUACUCCUGUCUGAAGGCCAUCGUCCUCUUCACGACAGAUGCCUGUGGACUAUCAGACGUAACGCACAUAGAGAGCCUUCAAGAGAAAUCCCAAUGCGCUCUCGAAGAGUACUGCAGAAGCCAGUACCCCAACCAGCCGACGCGUUUCGGGAAACUGCUUCUUAGGCUACCUUCAUUACGGACAGUGAGCUCUCAGGUCAUAGAACAGCUGUUCUUCGUGAGGCUGGUGGGGAAGACACCCAUCGAGACCCUGAUAAGGGACAUGCUGUUAUCCGGCAGCUCGUUCUCGUGGCCCUACAUGGCGACCAUGUGACAUACGAUGUGGAGGCAGCUCGCGGCGGCCUGAUCCUCGCCUUACGGCUUCCCGUCCUACCUGCCCGGCCAGCGGCUCGACUUCCACAGGUACCGGCGGGAAGCCGAGGACGUCGUGACGUCUUCCAGCGAGUUCCCGGAGGCGGAGGCCGCUCCCUCCGAGGACUACUUCGGCUCGCGCGUCAGAGACGACAGGGCGGAACCCUGCCCCGACUUCGACCCCAUCUCAGCGUUCUACCCUCCGAAGAGCACAGAAAACGAAGUCUUCGAUACAAGCAAUAAUUGUGAAACACAAAAAAACGCUCAAAAAACUUCCAUGAUGAUCGAGAACCUCCUCAACAUCAGAAGUGACUCGUGUUCCCAGUCCCGCGACAAAUAAACUCUUAGCGUGUCCCGGGCCCGCGGUGCCCGGGGUCAGUAGAGACUUAGUUCAGUUAUUUUGUUCCUCUGUAAUAUAUUUAGAGUAUAGAGAAUAUUUAAUAUUGUAAAUAGAAAAUGUUUUUAUUAUAUUGUAAAUGUAUAUUAUACGUGUAAGGUACAAGAGGCGUGUUUUCUACUAAAUUCAGUGAUGAAUGCUCUACGGCCGAUAUCCUCUGUUGGAAUUGAUUUUAAUACGUUUUACAUUAAUUUAUUUAGAGAAACUAUUAUACGGAUCAUAUAUUAAAUGAUAUAUAUACGAUAUGUGCAAUUUUGAUGAACAUCCGACUGUAGUAUAGAGAAGACGUUUUGGACUUUACAUAGAUUAAAAAUGCCACAGACGGUUCACAUUUCAGACGUCACUUUGGUUUUGACUUUGACUUUAGGACACAGAGCCUUGUCAGUGGCAGCAGAGAGCUAUUUAUUUGUUUCUCACGUAUCCGCAAACUGUGUUUUGGUGCUUUUCCUUAUAUUACGACACCUGUCGCAUGUACAAACAUCGUUUAGUGAUUCCGGGACAGCAUUUAUGUGUUUUAAAAGAUUUUAAGCAAUAAUAAUGUUAAUUUGUGUGUAGAAUUUUUUUUUUAUAUAUUUUAAGUGUUUGUUUAUAUCCGGUCGUUGUUGAGAGUGAGUCUCAUUUUAUUACAUUUAUUUGGCCAGACAUUUUUUUUCUUGUGAACGACGCAUUCCGAGAAAAACUUUUUCAUUUAAAUUUCAUAUUAAAAUACGGCUUCGAAAUUAUUACCUACGGCUGCAGUUCAUUGCUCAUGAAGUUUUUCUUAUUAUUUUUUUUAUAUAACGCGUCGUCACGGGAUGGCUGAGAUUCAUUAAACAUUUGUCAAAAUCCUGCCAAAUCUUAUAAAGCAAUGUAAUAAUUCGCAAUAAUUGUACAGAGGGUGUUAUUAGUGUGUGAAGAUGCUGCAUGGAAAAAAAAAACGUAUAGACGAAUAAAAUGUCUUUCAAUA